AGCGCAUAGGUGGACGUAUUUUGAUUUUUCGGAGAUUAUGUUAAAAUUGUUUCGUAACACAGCACAGAAGGAUGUAUAGUUGAAUCAAAUUUGUCUACUUUCGUUGCUCACUAGUUAAUAGUUUCGUGUAAAGCACAAUUUUUUGGUAUUUGUUGAUAAAUCAGUGAUUAUUUGCGAAUUUUUGAAAAGUGAUCCAGUUUUAUUUAAGAUUUUUUUUCGGAUUGUUUUUGUGAUAUUUAUAUAACAUUUGAAUAUAUGUAAAUAUUGUUUGUUGACUAUUGAAAAUAAGACUGAAAUCCAUAUUUAACUUCAUACAUAUGUAAAUCCUGCAAUGCACGCGGGCCGUGCUGGCAGUAUCUUUAUGAAGGAUUACCUCGGAUAUUUGAACAUACUGUUGGUAUGCUGUGCAUACCUUACAGUACAAACUGUAAACGGACAAUGCAAUUGUGCUACUGACUGCGCCUCAAGCUGUAGUGCCGGACAAUACUAUGAUUCUGGAUCAUGUGUGACCUGCCCGCAAGGAAAAUAUUGUACUGGGGGAGCGAACCCUGCCCAGGACUGCUCGGCUGGAACAUUCAAUGGUAAUACUGGGUCAACAUCUUCCUCGGCUUGCCAGAACUGUGCUGCUGGAUAUACAAGUAUUGCUGGGGCAUCAAGUUGUACCCAAUGUCCUCAAGGUACCUCUUGUGCUAACCCAGGCACAGCCACGCCAACAAACUGCCUAUCUGGGACUUACUCUGGUGUUGGAGCCACUUCCUGUACAACCUGCCCACUGGGUUCCUUCUGUGCAGGAAACCAGGCCACUUCCCCUGUAGCGUGCACAUCUGGAUACUAUACACCGAGCACUGGUGCAUCAUCAUGUACCACUCAGUGCCCUGCUGGCUCCCAGUGCCCGAGUGGAACGUCCCCUGUACAAUGCUUGGCGGGAUCAUACAGUCAACUAGGAGAAGAAAAUUGUACCCCCUGCCCUGCCGGAAAGUACAGUGCAUCUAAUGGUGCCAGUUCAUGCACAACCUGCGAUGAAGGUCACGAAUGCCCGACUCCUGGCAUGUCUUCACCAACAGCUUGCUCUGCUGGCUAUAUUGCCGCUGCGGGGUCUUCCAGUUGCACCCUGUGUGCUAAUGAUAAAAGACCUGACUCUGAUAGCAAGUCUUGUGAAGAUUGCCCAGCUGGACAUGCCUGCACAAACUCAGCAAAUUCACCAACACCAUGUACUUCUGGUUACUAUGCACUGACCGGUGAUGCCACCUGCACCCAAUGUCCAGUUAACAAUAAAUGUCCAACUACGACAGCUUCUCCUGUGGCUUGUGCAGCAGAUGAAUAUGCACCAGCUGGUUCCACUGUUUGUACUCAAUGUCCAGCAGGCUUCACAUGCUCUGGGGGAACCAGCACUCAAUGUAGUGCAGGAGAAUACAGUCCGGCUGGAGGAGGCACAUGCCUGGCAUGUACGGCUGGGAAUUACUGUCCAGCGGGAGCGACGUCAGAGACCCCAUGUGCUACAGGAACUUACAGUGCAGCAAAUGCAGGCUCAUGUACAAUAUGUCCAGCUGGCUCAUAUUGCCCGGACACUCAGACAGUGACCGCCUGUGCAAGUGGGCAGUACAGCGAACAAGGGGCGCAAUCCUGCACCGACUGUCCUGCAGGAUCCCAAUGUAUGACACUUGACUCGACCCCUACUGCAUGUCCAUCAGGAACGUAUAAUCUGGCCACAUCUGCGACUGGGACAGCGUGUAUUGAAUGCCCUGGAGGUUAUUACUGUGCAGUGACAACAACAUCUCCAGUGCCUUGCGAUGCUGGUUACAUAAGUGGUAAUGGAUCAACUGAAUGCAUCAUUUGUCCGGCUGGAUUUGCUUGUCCUGAUAUAGGCGACCCAGGUCAAAAUUUUGAAUGUGCUGAUGGUACAUACUCCAUAGAAGGGGAGACAACCUGUUCUUCAUGUAAUCCUGGAUUUUACUGCCCAACAAAUAUUGAUGGUACCCCAAUAGCAUGUCCACCAGGGUUUUAUUCAAGCAAUAAUCAGACACAGUGCACACGAUGUGAUGCCGGGUUCAAGUGCCCAAAUACUGACGGAAGUGGAAUCGUUGCUUGUGUCGCAGGCAGUUAUUCUGAAGCAGGUGCUACAGGCUGUAUCGAUUGUCCAAAAGGUUACGCAUGCCCGCUUACAGACACAUCACAGAUUGACGAAUGUCCUGUCGGAACAUACUCUGUCGGCAAGCAGACGGAAUGUACUCCAUGCCCAGCUGGAAAGCGUUGUCCCACCACUAAAGCAUCGACAGAAAUAGAUUGUGUAGCCGGUACUUACUCUAUCGGGAAUCAGUCUACGUGCAUUGAGUGCCCAGUUGGAUACGAAUGUCCGGUUACUGAUGAUAACAGCACCACUGCAUGUGAACCAGGAUAUUUCGCCCUCGGAGCACAGGCGGCAUGUACUAAGUGCCUGGAAGGAGAGUAUUGCGCCACAACAAUCGAGUCUGGUAUACCAUGUGACAAUGAUGGUGAAUACAGUGUGGCUGGUUCCACAAAUUGUACGACGUGUGAAGCCGGGUUCUAUUGUCCAAACUUUAAAGGUAAUGUGCCUUCACACAAAACACAAUGUCCGGCUGGUACCUAUUCCACUGCUGGGUCGACUGCUUGUUUACCAUGUGACGCAGGGUACCGAUGUCAGAUGCAGUCGGAUACUGCUACACCGCUGGGAGACCAGUGUGACCAGGGCGGUUGGUGUGACGGUGAAAAAUUUCAUCCUUGUCCCGAGGGGACUUAUAAUAGAUUUAAUACAUCAACGUCUGCUGCAGCAUGUGUGCUUUGUCCAACUGGGUAUUAUUGUGAAGGCCGUGGCGAGAUUGACUAUCUUCCUCACGACUGCUCCUUAUGGCCACUAUUGGCUCUCUUACCCCGACACGCGCGCCGCCCACCCCACUCACGCACUCCCCGUCUCCACAUCGCCCAGCAUAACUACGACAAAGAAAAACGACAAUAUACUAGUGGAACAUACAAUAACGGAACAAACCUUGUUCAGGAAAGUGAUUGUACAAAUUGCCCGCAAGGAUUUUAUUGUCCAGAGGGAUCGACUAAUCCAAUAGAGUGUCCACCAGGCUUCUUCUGUGCUCUUGUCGGGAUGUCAUCUGGGGCUCAAACCCCAUGUCCUGCUGGUACCUACAGUAAUGGAACUGGGCUGACAGCUGAUGCACAGUGUAUAGACUGUCCAGUGGGCAGCUAUUGUCCUGGUGGUCAAGAGAAUGACCCAACAACGGAGCCCGUUCCAUGUCCGGCUGGAACCUAUAACCCAUCAAUAAAAGCAGUAGAUAUUGUGAACUGUCAUCAAUGUGAGAAAGGGUUUGCUUGUAACCAAACUGGAAUGGAUGAUUCUACAAUACUGCCAUGUAAAACUGGAUAUUAUUGCCCUUUUGGAACCAUCGAGUUUGACCAGUUCCCAUGCUUACCUGGCAGCUAUGGUGACACAAAUAAUUUGACGUCUGCCGAUGAAUGUAAAACAUGUCCUGCAGGAUGGAUCUGCGGCUGGGCUACCACUGAUUUCGGUGACCAUUCCCCUCCAGACCCAUGUGCUCAGGGUCAUUACUGUCCAGAGAUGACCACUGCUCCUGACCAGUAUCCUUGUCCCGCCGGAACAUUUACAAAUGCCAGUAACUUGUUCGAGGAAUCACAAUGUACCCCAUGUACUGCAGGCUAUUAUUGUACAGGUGGCAAUAAAGAAGAGUCUGGUAUUUGCCCUCGAGGCUACUACUGCCCUCUAGGGACAACAAUCGGCACAGAGUUUGGAUGUCCUAAUGGUACUUACAAUGAUGAAGAGGGACUCACUACCGUAGAUGAUUGCAAAAACUGUACUCAAGGACAUUAUUGUGAGUUUGCAGUAAGUUCGACAACACCCUGUGCACAAAGAACAUAUAUGCCUUAUGGUGUAGACCCAUUGGGAAGUCUUACAGCACUCCCAGUUGGUGUACCAGCUAAACGCCAAUUUGAAUGUCUGACAUGUCCUGGUGGCUCCACGUGUUUAAAUGGAACAAUAGAUCCGGUGCAAUGCACCACCGGUUUCUACUCACCAGAUGGAGCUAUUGAAUGUACUGUUUGUGAAAUCGGACAUUAUUGUGAUAACUUGACGACUUCAGAAGAUGACAUGAGAAACAACAUGAAAUGUCCCGCAGGUCGAUACUGUGUGGCGGGACUUUCUGCGGAGCCGGAUGCCGUUGAUUGUGCCACAGGGCAUUACUGCCCAGAAGCUACUGUGGAGAUGAUAAAUUGUCCAGUCGGUACAAUGAGGACAACCGUUGGUGCUGGUGCUGUGACUGACUGCGAGCCAUGUACAGCAGGUUACUAUUGUCUGGAAGAGUCUUCAGGUACAACCGGAGCGUGUAUUGAGGGAUAUUACUGUCCAACCAAUCUGACAAAUCCAUAUGGAGUAAAUCCACCAUACAUCGGGUCGUAUGGUAAUGACAUGUACAAGUGUCCGGAAGGUACGUACACCAACGUCACGGCCACUCCGGAUCUGGCGAGCUGUCUGGAGUGUCCCGCAGGUUACUUUUGUGGCCUAGCAACCAAUCAACCGGAAGACUGUACUAGAGGUUACUAUUGCCCAGCAGGUUCAGAAAAACCGACACCGUGUCCAAUUGGAACAUACGGAAACGAUACAAAUUUGGUGGCAUUGGACAAAUGUACUGACUGUGACCGCGGCUAUUAUUGUGACGCCCCAGGUUUGACCCUACCGCGUGACCAGUGCGACCCUGGAUAUCUGUGUUACAGUAAAGCUACGACAUCGACUCCCACUGAGGUGGCCACACAAGGGGGAGAACUCUGCUCUAGGGGAGGCUACUGUGUUAGAGGAUCAUACGAGGCCGCACCUUGUCCCCUCGGUACCUAUAGCAACAUCACAGGAGCAAUAGAUACGUCAGAGUGUACGACCUGCGACCCGGGAUAUUACUGCAGCAGUGUCGCAGGUGGCGAGCCCACUGGACCGUGCGCUGCUGGUUUCUAUUGCGAACAGGGGUCGUCUAGUGCAUACCAGUUCUCAGCUCGACCAGGUCACUUUACAAAUGAAGGUGCAAGAGCAGAAGAAGAAUGCCCGAUUGCGACAUACGCACCAUUCUACAAUUCCAGCUCAUGUAGCAUAUGUCCGGCUGGUUUCUAUUGUCCAGAUAAGGCCAUGAACUAUACCAUAAUUUGUCCGGUUGGAACAUACUGUCCGGAAGGGAGCUACCAGUAUUAUACAUGUCCUCCGGGAACAUUUUUGAAUGAGACUGGAAAGUCAAGCUUGAGUGACUGCGUAGACUGCCCGACAGGUUACUACUGUCAAGACAGAGGACUAUCUGAGGUAACGGGGCCCUGUAAAGCUGGUCAUAUUUGCUACUUGAAUGGUCUCGAUGACGACCCUGUGUAUAACGAUGAUAAUUCUACCGGACUUACUAUUGUAACAUAUGGUGACAGGUGCCAUCCUGGCUUUUAUUGCCCGCAAGGGACGACAUACAUGGUCCCGUGUCCUGAAGGAACUUAUCGUGAGCAUUAUAGCGGCGCUUCCGUUGGCGAUUGUACAAUUUGCGACCCUGGCAAAUAUUGUGAUGGUACAAACAAUACAGGGGUUACAGGUGACUGUGACCCAGGAUAUUACUGUAACAAUGGUUCACACAUUGCAUCACCAGUCGACGGCAUUAUUGGAAACAUUUGUCCACAGCAUAAAUACUGCCCGCAGGGUGCUGAUGUUCCGAAAUCAUGUCAAAUUGGUUACAUGGCUAAUCGGACAGGAAUGGAUGCAUGUGAAUUGUGUAUAGCAGGAUACAUCUGCUAUCCGGAUCAAGCACCGGUAUUAUGUCCGCAAGGAAAGUACUGUGUGGCUAGUACUGUACUUAUUCCAAUAACAGCAGGUACUGACUGUCCAAAAGGAACUUAUGGUGCAGCAGAGGGACUUGAAUCUUUGGAUAAUUGUACUGCUUGUGAUGCAGGUUUCUAUUGUGAAACUGCUGGCUUAACAAAUGUAACAGGCCCCAUAACGGCUGGUUACUGGGCACUGACUGGGGCAGAAGUUGCAACACCGGUUGUUGAUGACAAUCCUGAUUAUGGACUUUGUCCGAGGGGCCACUACUGUCCAGAACAGUCCACCUAUCCCACACCAUGUCCGGCAGGCACAUAUGGACCGUCAGAAUUUGUUACGUCAUUAGCUGGUUGUGUAGACUGUGACCCAGGUUACUAUUGUCCAACAUCGAACAUGUCAACGACUGGUUCCCAGUGUACAGCAGGAUAUUACUGUACAAGCAAGUCCUCGGAAGCGGCACCAGUCAAUGCUAGUUUCGGAGAUAUUUGUCCAACAGGUCAUUACUGCCCAAUUGGUGCCUCAGAAGCCAGUCCUUGCACCGCGGGAACAUAUGCCGACACAACUGGCAAAUCUUCCUGCGAUCAGUGUCCGCAAGGUUUUUACUGUCCAUUGAACACAACAGAUCCAAUCAGUUGCCCAAUGGGAUAUUACUGCAUAGCAGGCCAGGCUUCAGAGGCUGUGUACCCAUGUCCAGUAGGGAAAUUCAACAACCUGACAGAACGUUACCAAGCCAGUGAUUGCGUGGAUUGUCCACCUGGAUAUUAUUGUGACUCCCAAGGACUGGGGACGCCAACAGGUCAAUGUGACCCAGGCUGGUACUGCACAGGGGCAUCUGUUUCAGCACAGCCAACAGUUAAUGCACAGGGGGGUGUCUGUGUGGCAGGAACCUAUUGUCCAAUUGGAAGUGCAUAUGCCAUACCAUGUGACCCAGGACAGUUCUGUGCCAAUGACGGUCAGGAUAGCAGUAAUGGAACAUGUAGCGCUGGGUACUUUUGUUCUGGCUCCUCAAUUUCCGCAACACCAACAGGACAAAGUUAUGGUGACAUAUGCCCGGCUGGGAAAUACUGCCCGGAAGGAAGUCCAGCCGGUAUUAAUUGCCCUCCAGGGACCUUCAUGAACACAACUGGUGCAACCGCAGAGUCUGAAUGUUUCCAGUGUACGCAAGGAUAUUAUUGUGACGGGUACGGGAACACGGCAGUUGACGGGCAAUGUGACGAGGGCUAUUUCUGUCCUCCAGGCAUGAAUUCUUCAAAUCCAGCAGAAAACAUAUGUGGCCAAGGACAUUACUGCCCGAUGGGUAGUCAUGAAGAGAUCAGAUGCUUGUCAGGUUUAUACCAGGACGAGACGGGACAGUCAACAUGUAAGAUGUGCCCAGAGGGAUACUACUGUGAUAAUGCCAUUGCCCCGGUCAUCCUGUUUAAUAAUACCAUCUGUCUCCAAGGAUACUAUUGUCCCAAUGGAACACAGUACAGUACACAGUUCAGAUGUCCGGUCGGAACAUAUGGUAACAGUACAGGUCUGACUCAGAUAUCAGAAUGUACACCAUGCCCAGGCGGUUAUUACUGCGACCAAGAAGCUCAGACUACCUACACGGAACUCUGUAACGCAGGGUACUACUGUCGCCAAGGAGCUGAAACUGGCACGCCAAUGGAAGACGAUGACGCCUACCAGUGUCCAGUCGGCCAUUAUUGUCCAGUACAAACAAGCGAGCCUCAAAAAUGCCCAGCGGGAACGUAUUCCAACAAUGUGCGUCUUACUGCAGAAUCAGAAUGUACAGAUUGUCCUGCAGGGUCAUAUUGCGGGGAAUUAAACAUGACAACAACCAGUGGACUGUGUUAUGCAGGAUAUUAUUGUCCAAACGGUUCUUCAAGCCCGACAGAACUAGACUGCCCCAAAGGUCAUUAUUGUGGAAACGGGACUGGUACACCAUCACCUUGUCCAAAAGGCACAUAUUCAAACCAGACUAACUUGAUGUAUCAAACAGAAUGUGAUGAUUGCCCUGGAGGCUACUACUGCUUGGAGGAAGGUUUGACUGAGCCCAGCGGUCUUUGUGGCGAAGGGUACUAUUGUCCUGUGGGAACUAUAUACCAGCAACCAAACACCACCUUCUGUCCUGUAGGACAUUACUGUCCUAACGGAUCAUCCCAGGCCUUACCAUGUACCAAUUAUACAGAGGUCAACCAUACACAUGCUGUUGAAUGUAACCAGUGUCCGGCCGGAUUUUAUUGCGACUCCGCCAUUGGUGAGAAGACGGUCUGUCCGGCUGGAUAUUAUUGUCCGGCUGGAACCGGUCUUGACUGGCAGGCGUGUCCUAGAGGUACAUACAGUAACACAACCGGAUUACAUAUGCAGAGUCAGUGUACACCUUGCGAAGCUGGAAAGUAUUGCGAAACAGAGCACCUUACUGAACCCACAGGUGAUUGUGCGGCCGGUUAUUACUGUACGUCCGGAGUCGACAUGCAACGUCCAAAUGGUACAAACUCUGGAACUGGAGAUAUAUGCCCUCUAGCGCACUACUGCCCAGCAGCCAGCCCUAUGUACUUACCAUGUGAGAACGGCACCUAUGCCAACAGUCUUGGUCAAACCACCUGCGAUACUUGUGUACAAGGUCAUUACUGCCCAGAUCAGACAGAUGAUUAUACGAGUUUCCCAUGCCCUCAGGGACACUAUUGUCCAGACGGUACCCGGGAACAGUUUGAGAACCCAUGUCCUAAAGGAACAUUCAAUAACGCUACGUAUGGAACCAGCUUGGCUAACUGUUAUACAUGUACAUCGGGAAUGUAUUGUCAGACUGAUGGCUUGUCAGAUCCUACCGGCCUGUGCUCGGCCGGUUACUACUGCGAUGGUGGAUCCGAGACUCCGACCCCAACCGGAGCUGGUGGCGGAUAUUGUACAUCCGGUUACUACUGUCCCGAAGGUUCAACUGAAAUGACACCAUGUACGCCAGGGCAUUUCUGCGCAUCUGAUUAUUUGAACGAAACUUCUGGUCCGUGCCAAGAUGGUUAUUACUGUAUUUCCGCGGCAACGAUUGCUAACCCUACUGAUGGCACAACAGGUGAUACAUGUCCAAUGGGAAGUUACUGUCCAGCGGGAAGUUCAUCCCCGACACCCUGUACGUCUGGAACAUACUUAGAUAGCACCGGAAAUUACAAUGAGACGGACUGCAUCAGCUGCACUGCUGGUCAGUACUGUGCGGGAAGUGGGAACAUUGUACCGGAUGGUAACUGUUCGGAAGGGUACUAUUGCCCUGGUGGUAAGGACACACCAACACCUGUAGGAUAUGAAUGCACACAAGGACAUUUUUGCAAGUCCGGUUAUUUUGCACCAGAGCGAUGUCCAUCUGGCAAUUACCAGGACGAUACCGGUCAGUCUGACUGCAAAGGAUGCCCUGCCGGAUAUUUCUGUGAUAACACAUUUGGUCCGGUUGUUUUGUACAAUAAUUCAGCAUGUCCGGUAGGAUACUACUGUCCAGAAAAUACGACCAAUGCUUACCAAUAUCCAUGCCCAACUGGAACUUUUAGUAAUGUGACUAAUCGGGUUGAUUCCUCAGAAUGCCAGGCAUGCUCUGGUGGAAUGUACUGUAGCCAGACUGGUUUAUCAGAACCGGAAGGCUUGUGUGAUGCUGGAUAUUUCUGUACAUCCGGUUCAAACAGUAAAACACCUUCAAUGGGAUCAAAUGCUGAUACUUGUACCAUCGGUAACUAUUGUCCAAACGGAACAACAACGCCCCAGCAGUGUCCUCCAGGUUCUUACAAUCCUUCGACCGGAAGACAGACAGAAUCUCAAUGUUUAAAUUGCACCGGAGGUUACUAUUGUGGCACCUAUGGCAUGACCUCAGUUCCAAAUGGAAACCGGUGCACUGCAGGUUACUACUGUCCUGGAGGUGCUGAUAACCCCACGUACAUUGUCUGCCCCGAGGGAAACUAUUGUCCAACCGGAACAGAAGAUCCGGAAAAAUGUCCUUCCGGAACUUUCUCAAAUGCCACUGGUCUAACAUCGGAUGCUGGAUGUGAAGAUUGUAUAGGAGGAUAUUACUGUCCAAGUGAUGGCCAAACAGAGGCAUCAGAUCUUUGCUGGGGCGGAUAUUAUUGUCCGGCUGCACAAAAGGCUCCAAAUCCUUCCGUUUAUACCUGUCCUAAAGGAAUGCAGUGUCCAAAUGGAAGCUCAGAUUAUCAGGCUUGUCCUGCUGGAACAUAUACAAGUGCAACCGGGAUGUCAUCAUGUGACACAUGUCCAGCCGGAUUUUACUGCCUUCCAGUUAUACCUGCCAAUGCCUCACUCAAUGCCCAGAGCUGUCCACAAGGUUAUUACUGUCCAGCAGGCACGGGCAUCGACUGGCAAGCAUGUCCGGCUGGUACGUACGGUGCUUCAACCGGACUGCAGAAUGAGACCGAAUGUACACAGUGUGAUAGCGGAAAAUAUUGCACCGGAACAGCCCUCUCAACACCCUCCGGAGACUGCACAGCUGGUCAUUUUUGUACAAGUGGGGUAGAUACUGCCACCCCAGACGGCACCACUAAUACCGGAACAGGGGGAAUAUGUGCUAUCGGACACUACUGCCCAACCGGUUCACCCGCUUCUGUUCCAUGUGUAGCCGGAACAUUCACGAACCAGACCCAACAAGCUACCUGUGAAACUUGUCCCGCAGGAUACUACUGUAUCGCGGCAUCUGAAGAGUAUCUUAGUUUCCCAUGUCCUGCAGGUCACUAUUGCCCGGCUGGUACCAAGUUUUCGACAGAACACAAGUGUGAUGAGGGCACCUAUAACUCAUUGACAGGAUCCCAGUCUGUUACAGACUGUACUUCCUGUCCUGGUGGCCAGUAUUGUCAAGGAGAAGGUAACUCUGCACCAACUGGUUAUUGCUAUGCGGGCUGGUAUUGCUCCGGUGGAUCGAAGAGUCCGAACACUACGACACAUGGCGGGAAGUGUUCUGCCGGAUAUUAUUGUCCAGCUAACUCAUCUGAUCCAAUCAAAUGUGAUCCUGGGAAAUAUUGCCAGACUGAAGGGCUCUCAGCGCCCACAGGUGACUGCCUGGCUGGUUACUUCUGUACUCUCCAAGCCAGCACACAGACCCCAACCGACGGUACCACCGGAGAUAUCUGUCCAGCUGGAUUUUACUGUGAGACUGGGGUAUCAACGCCAACCCCAUGCAGUCCAGGGACAUACAGUGCAGGAGAAGGGAACACGUUACCCAGUGAUUGUCUGAACUGCACAGCGGGAGAAUUCUGUGGCAGUUACAAUUUAACCGCAACUGAUGGAGACUGUGAUGCUGGUUACUAUUGCCCGAUAGGGGAGAUAACUGCUAACAGGCUGCUGUGUUGGAAGGGUUAUUAUUGCCCGCAAGGAAUUGACGAACCAAUUAUUUGUCCCAACGGAGAAUAUCAGGCUUUAACUGGUCAAGCCACGUGUGACACGUGCCCAGGGGGAUACUACUGUGAUAACAGCAAUGGAAUCGUAGAGAUAAACUCCACCAUACUCUGUCCUACUGGUUACUUCUGCCCACCAGGCACUCCAAGAGGUGAUCUUUAUCCUUGUGACAUUGGAACAUUCAACAAUAAUACCGGUUUGAAUGCAAGUACCGAGUGUACGCCUUGCAUUGCGGGCUCAUACUGUGAAACUGCUGGACUUACGUUACCCACGGGACUCUGCGAUGCCGGCUAUUAUUGCAAGGUUGGCGCCACCACAGCUAGUCCUUCACAAGGGACUGAUGCUAACAAGUGCCCUCAAGGAUCUUACUGUGUGAGUGGAACUGAAGAUCCGGUGCCAUGCCCUGCAGGUACAUACGGUGCCGCUACCAAAUUGAAGGCCGAGUCUGAAUGUACGCAGUGUACUGCCGGAUAUUACUGUACGACCCCCGGCCUCCUGACAGUUGAAGGUCAGUGCGAGGAGGGCUAUUACUGCGAGACUGGUUCAAACUCGUCACAAGAAUACAUAUGCACAGCUGGUCACUAUUGUGAAAUAGGCACUGACGUACCUGAUAGGUGUCCAGUGGGAACCUUUAGUCCUUACACAGGUCUUGUCAACUCCACUCAGUGCACGGCAUGUACUACAGGACAAUACUGCGGGUCAGAAGGUCUUAAUGCCACAACCGGGCCUUGCUCAGCUGGCUAUUACUGUCCUGAAGGUCAAAGUUCAGCAACGCCAGGAACUUACGAGUGUACAUUGUACCAUUACUGCCCUGAAGGGACUCCAGCACCGAUCCCCUGUGCAAAUGGAACAUACAUGAAUCAUACACAAGGAUCUGUAUGUUACACGUGCCCAGCUGGAUGGUAUUGUGUUAAUGGCGAUGUCGUUGGAGAAUGCCCAAUGGGAUACUACUGUCCGGAGCAAACGGAUUUCAACUGGCAACAAUGUCCACCUGGAACAUACAACAAUGAUACGGCCCUUCAAGCAGAAAGUGACUGUAAGUCUUGUCCCGGAGGAAAAUACUGCGCUUCCUAUGCGGCGAUAGAACCAACUGGAGACUGUGACGCAGGAUAUUAUUGCGAGUUCGGAUUGGAUCGUGCCAAUCCGAUUGAUUGUGACAACAACACUGACGCAAAUGGUUUAUGCCUUACUCCAGGUGCUCAAACUGGCAAAGGAAGCAUAUGUCCCCUGGGUUACUACUGCCCGGCGGGCUCUCCAGCCCCAGAACCUUGCCCGCUUGGUCACUAUAGCAACGUAACUGGAAUGGAGACUUGUACACCUUGUCCAGCUGGAUAUUAUUGUGAUUUAGCUACACCAGAUUUUAACUCCUACCCAUGUCCUGCUGGCUAUUACUGUCCGGCAGGCACAUACUAUGCAACCACCAAUCCAUGCCCAGCAGGUACAUACUACAAUCACACCCUUGCUACAGAAGAGGCUGACUGUAUUUUCUGUCCCCCGGGCUCAUACUGUGACUCCCCAGGGCAAGAUUACCCUACAGGAGUAUGCGAUGCUGGUUAUUACUGCACUAAUGCUUCAACAACGGCCACGCCAACUUUGGGAGCUAUGGGCGGACCAUGUGACCCCGGUUACUACUGCCCAAGUGGAUCAGGUGCUGCUGUACAGUGCGACCCAGGAACCUUUUGCCAAACAUCAAUGUUAGCUUUACCUACAGGAAAUUGCACAGCAGGAUAUUACUGUGUUCUACAAGCGUCGUCUGCUUCCCCGACUGAUGGAACUACAGGUGACAUAUGUCCGAAGGGUCACUACUGUCCGCAGGGAAGUUCAAGCACAACACCGUGUGAAACCGGAUAUUUCCUCAAUGUGACGGGCUCCGAUGACAUCACAGAUUGUGUAAUAUGUACUGGAGGAAUGUUCUGCCCGGGAACCGGAAAUGAGAAUCCAGCUGGGUCAUGUGACCCCGGCUAUUAUUGUCCAGUCGGCCAGAAUGUGUCCUCACCUGCUGAUUACAAUUGCCCUGUAGGCCAUUACUGUCCUGGAGGUACAGAUGCUGCCCUUAAAUGUCUGGAUGGAGAAUAUCAGACACAGGAGACGCAGACGACAUGUGACAUUUGUCCGGCCGGUUACUACUGUGACAACACCGUAGACAUAGCAGUUGUCAACGCGUCAACUCUCUGCCCAGGAGGUCACUAUUGUCCGCAGGGAACUAGAUUUGACAAUGAAUUCCCAUGCCCUGAGGGAACAUUUAAUAACAAUACAGGCUUUGAUCAGGAGAGUGACUGUGUUCUCUGUCUCGGAGGUUACGCAUGUCCGGUCACCGGAAUGACUCAGAUGGAUAACACAUACCUGUGUGAAGCAGGAUAUUUCUGUAAACAGGGAGCUAACUCCACCACGCCUAAUCAAGGAACUGAUGCCAACAUUUGUCCCGAAGGAUUUUACUGUCCACAGGGCACAACAGAUCCAGUACAUUGCCCUAAGGGUACAUACAGUAAUCAGACUGGUCUUGAUGCUGAGGCUCAGUGCCAGGACUGUCCAGCUGGGCAAUAUUGUGAUAGUGUUUCCAUGACAACCACAGCUGGACUUUGUACCGCUGGGUAUUAUUGUGAGAUAGGAUCAAAUCAAACCACAGAAUACAUUUGCCCGGCCGGUAGUUACUGUCCAGAGGGUUCUCCACAUGCCCUCCCAUGUCCUGCAGGUACAUACAGUAACACCCAGGGAAUGACUAACUCCUCCUCUUGUACACUUUGUGACCCUGGAAAAUACUGCAAUGAUACAGGUUUGACAAGCCCCGUUGCAGACUGUGACGCAGGUUUUUACUGCCCAGAAGGAUCCUCUGUUCCUAAUCCAAAUGACACAGUCUGUCCUAUCGGAUUACAUUGUCCAGUCGGUACCGGAACACCUGUUCCUUGUGAAUCCGGUACAUACACCAACCUUACGCAGCAAGAUGCCUGCAUUACCUGUCCAGAAGGAUUUUACUGUGUACCGUCAGAAGUUAUUGUUGGCAACCCUCAAUCAGGAUAUGCACUAUGUCCGGCCGGUUUCUAUUGUCCAGCUGGCACUGGAAUGAACUGGACCGCUUGUCCAUUAGGAACGUUCUCCAGUGUUGAAGGUCUAAAGAUGGACUCUGAAUGUCAGCAGUGUACCGGUGGUAAAUAUUGUGACCGGACCAACCUAACGUCACCCGCCGGAGAUUGUGAUGCUGGCUUUUUCUGUACUUCCGGUGUUGAGACUCCACAACCAGAUGGGUCAACUAAUUUAGGAACUGGUGGAAUUUGUCCUCCAGGAUCAAAGUGCCCUACCGGAACAGACAUUCCGGAUGAUUGCCUAGCCGGAACAUACCAGGAUUUAGUGAACCAAGCAGACUGUACGACAUGCCCGGCCGGCUAUUACUGUCUUGCGGCCAGUACCAAUUAUACAGACACACCCUGCCCAACUGGACACUACUGCCCCAACGGUACUCAAAGUGACACCCAAUUUCAAUGUCCACAGGGAACAUUUAACAAUCUUACAGGUCAACAGAGCAUCGAUGCAUGUAUGGAUUGUACUCCGGGCUCCUAUUGUGGCACUCAAGGACUCUCCGAACCUACUGGUAUCUGUGACCCGGGCUGGUAUUGUGAACUAGCUUCGUUCCUGGCUCAGCCAACUAGUCCAGAAGGUGGAAAAUGUGUGGCUGGUACAUACUGCCCAGCAGGAAGCUCCGCACCAACCGGAUGUGACCCAGGCUCGUACUGUGGUUCAGAUAUGCUGGAUGCGGUGACAGGAAAUUGUAGCGCUGGAUAUUACUGUAGCGGGAAUUCUACCACACCUACUCCCUCAGGAACGGGAGGUGACGGAUGCCCAGUUGGUCACUUUUGUAUCUCCGGAAGUUCAGCUCCGACACCAUGUGACCCGGGCACGUUCCUUCCGAGCACAAAAGCACAGGACCAGUCUUAUUGUAUCAGCUGUACAGCAGGAAAAUACUGUAGCCAGUCUGGACUAAGCGCUGUCGAAGGAGAUUGUACGGCAGGUUACUAUUGCCCAGCUGGACAAAUCACCAGUACACCAUCAAGCUACGAAUGUCCUGCAGGACACAAAUGUCCGGCAGCAGUGUCCACAUACACAAUUUGUCCAUCAGGGACGUACCAGGACGAGACCCGUCAAUCUACGUGUAAAACGUGCAUGCAGGGUUAUUAUUGUGACAAUUCUGGAGGAGCAAUCACUAACUACACAACCACUGUCUGCCCCACUGGUCAUUAUUGUCCAAAUGGAACACAGACAGCAUAUGCCAACCCAUGUCCAGCCGGAACAUUCAGCCAAAACACUGGACUAAUUGAUGCUAGUGAAUGUGAUCCAUGCACAGGCGGGUACUACUGUGUCCAAGGUACAACCACACCAACAUUGUUGUGCAGUGCUGGAUAUUAUUGCCGGAACAGUUCACAGACUGCUGCGCCAACACAGGGACCGGAAGCCAAUGAAUGUCCGGUUGGUCACUACUGUCCGGAACAAACAACGGAGCCAAUCAAAUGUCCCAUUGGAACUUUCUCAAAUGCCGUGAGAUUGAUGAACGAGACGGAUUGUACGCAAUGUACACAGGGAUCCUACUGUGAUGCUCAAGGACUUACAGCCCCAACCGGACUCUGUGCACCAGGAUUUUAUUGUGAAACCGGAUCAGAUAAUGACUCACCUGUUGAAUGCCCUGCAGGAAAAUACUGCCCUGAAGGGACGCAUACUCCAACCAGAUGUCCAACGGGAACAUUCUCCAAUGCAACACGUCUUGAUCAUGCCGACAAUUGCACCGCCUGUACUGCCGGAUUCUACUGCACGACAACGGGUCUGACUGAACCACAGGGCAACUGCACGCAAGGAUACUACUGUGUUACAGGAUCAGUAGUAGCUAAUCCAACCAGAUGUCCAAAAGCUUUCCACUGUCCUGAAGGUAGUUCAGCACCUCAGGAGUGCCCAGAGGGUAGCUACACUACACAGACUACACAGUAUGAAUGUGUACCGUGUCCACAAGGAUAUUACUGUGUAUAUGACAAUGCUGUACAAGGAGACGUAGAUUCAGUGAAGUUUGACUGUCCCAGAGGUUACUAUUGCCCUCAAGGUACCGGACAUGAUUGGCAGCCUUGCCCCGCCGGAACAUUUGGCACGCAAAAGAAUUAUUACCAGGAGUCACAAUGUACUGACUGCAGCGCUGGAAAGUAUUGUGACACUGAAGGAGCAACAGCCGUUACCGGACCUUGCAGUGCCGGUUACUGGUGUCAAUCCGGUGUUGACCGACCCAAUCCGGACAAUGAUGCUGCGAAUACCACAAACGCUACAUGUGGUCUAGGUGGACAUACAGGUGUUGGAAGUAUUUGUCCAAUCGGAUCAUACUGUCCAGAGGGCAUAGAUCUGCCAAUCAAUUGUGGUGCCGGAACAUAUCAAGAUGAAGAGGGUAGCAGCUACUGUAAAGGUUGCCCUGAAGGCUUCUUCUGCCCAGCAAAUACCUCCGAUUACACAAUUAACCCAUGUCCAAGCGGUCAUUAUUGUCCAGAGAAUACAACGUCGGCCAACGAGUAUCCUUGUUCUAUUGGAACAUUUAACCCCAACACCCAGCAGACAAACUCUAGCUCAUGUGCCCUGUGUACUGGUGGACAGUACUGUAGCGGUACUGGAUUGUCUGCCCCUACUGGCAACUGCAGUGGUGGUUGGUACUGUAUAGAAGGUGCUGUCCAACCCAAACCAACAGUAAAUGCCCAGGGAGGUAAAUGUAAACAAAGGUAUUAUUGUCCCGAGGGUAGUGACGGCCCAACCAUCUGUGGAGAAGGUGUAUACUGCCAGACAGAGAGAUUGGACUCUCCCAGUGGGCUCUGUGAUGCAGGAUACUGGUGUAAUAAUGGCAGUAACUGGAACCAGCCUUAUGAUGGAACCACUGGCGGCUCAUGUCCUUACGGUCAUUACUGUCCACAGGGUAGCGCAGGAGGCGUCCCCUGCCCCAUGGGAUAUUUCCUAAAUGCUGAAAGAAGUACUUCAUUGUCCAGCUGUACUUUAUGCUCGCCAGGCAAAUACUGUGAGACUGAAGGAUUACAAUUGCCGACUGGAGAUUGCGAUCCUGGGUAUUACUGCCCAGGCGGUCAGUCAACAUCAACUCCUGCCAACUACAGCUGUCCCGAGGGGUCUUUCUGUGCAGGUGGUCUUUCUGCCCCAGUGGAUUGUCCGAGUGGACAGUACCAGGAUCUACCAAUCGAGUCAAGUUGUAAGACAUGUCCAGAAGGCUAUUACUGUGACUCAGGAAUAGCGGGUGGGGUAUCAAACUAUACCCAAUAUAUCUGCCCAGAGGGAAGUUACUGUCCCGCAGGAACAACCCAUGCUGAUCAACACUUAUGUCCACUAGGAACAUUUAACAAUGCUACAGGAUUAACACAUUCGGACAAUUGUACUGACUGUGUUGGCGGAAUGGCAUGUGACGAGACCGGUCUUACCUAUCCAAAACGAGAAUGCUCAGCUGGUUAUUUCUGUAUCUCUGGAGCGCAGUCCAUGACUCCUGUCCAAGGAGUGAAUGCUGACGUCUGCCCAACUGGCUCCUAUUGCCCCCAGGGUACUGCUGACCCAGUUCCGUGCCCAGAAGGGUCGUAUAAUCCUUCUACAGGGCUGCAGAUGGAGAGUCAAUGUUUGAAUUGUACAGGAGGAAGUUAUUGUAAUGAGACAGGCCUUAGUGCAGUAGUUGGACCAUGUUUCGCUGGUUUCUAUUGCCCCACUGGAAGCUUGACUGCUACAGAGGAGCAAUGCACUGUGGGUAACUACUGCCCCGUGGGUACUGAAUAUCCUGUGCCGUGCCCGAAUGGUACGUUCUCUGACAAUGUGGGAAAUGCGGCACAGUCUGACUGCUCUUCAUGCAACCCUCGAUAUUACUGUAACGGAGAAGGAUUGACUAACGUCACUGGUUUAUGCAAGGAAGGAUAUUAUUGUCCGAGUGGAAGCAGUGUAGAAACGGAGAUUAUCUGCCCAAUAGGGAAGUAUUGUCCUACCGGAAGUGCCGACCCAGCAGACUGUCCGGCCGGGACGUAUACAGCAGCAGAUGGACAAUUUAGUUGCGCGAGCUGUCCCGCAGGUUAUUAUUGCGUAGCGGCUAAUGUAGUUGCUGGCGAUCUAAGCUCAGUGAUAACGGCCUGUCCUGCCGGGUACUAUUGUCCUAACGGCACUGGGUAUGAUUGGCAACCAUGUCCCGCUGGAACCUACAGCGACGUUACCGGACUUACCAAAGAGAGCGAGUGUACAUCUUGUCUGGGAGGAUAUUUCUGUUCCGUUUCAAACCUGACUGGACCAUCUGGGCAUUGCGCAGCCGGCUAUUACUGUAUCUCCGGUGUAGACAAAGCCAACCCAACCAUGCUUGACAGUGGCCAGUGCCCUAAUGGAACUGUUCAUCCAAUCGUAGGUGAUGUUUGUCCUAUAGGACAUUACUGUCCUGAAGGUACAGACAAUCCGAUUGGCUGCCCAGCUGGCACUUACCAAGAUUUAACCAAUCAGGACCAUUGUAAGGCUUGCCCUGCAGGAAAGUUCUGCCCAGGCAAUACAACAGAUCCUUCAGUGAAUGACUGCCCAAGUGGUCAUUAUUGUCUUGAAAAUACAACUCAUGCUAAUGAGUACCCGUGUCCAGCUCAGACAUUCAAUAAUUUGACCAGUGGUCAGUCUUUAGACGACUGCCAGUGGUGUUUACCAGGAAUGUAUUGUUCGGGAAGUGGAAACGUCUGGCCAACAGGAGAUUGUGCCCCUGGCUACUACUGCACCAAUGGAUCUGAUACAGCUACUCCCACACUACAAGGUGGCCGUUGUAGCCCUGGAACAUACUGUCCAGCCGGUGCCAGUUACAUGUACAAUUGCACCCUGGGAAUGUACUGUAGCCAGUCUGAACUUUCAGCCCCAGAAGGGUUCUGUGACGAGGGUUAUUAUUGCCCGGGUGCUGUAACCAGUCCACAAGAAUAUGACUGCCCAGUCGGUCAUUUCUGCCCGAACGGAACCGGUCUUCCUCAACCGUGUAGGAACGGAACAUAUGCUCCCACAACAAACCUUAAAGAGGAAGGGGAAUGUACUCCAUGUGACGGAGGAUUUUAUUGUAAUGGAACUGGUCUAUCAGCAGUGAGUGGACAAUGUGAUGCAGGAUUUUACUGCCCACCUGGACAGACCCAGCCAGACCCCUAUGACUACAGGUGUACCCCAGGCUAUUUCUGUAUAGCCAACAGUCCAGAUGAAGUAAUUUGUCCCAGCGGCCAGUAUCAGGACGAGUACCAGCAAGACACGUGCAAAAACUGCCCUGCAGGUUACUUCUGCGACAAUGCCCAUGGUGCGAUCGGCAAUUUGAGUAACUAUGAGUGUCCAACCGGAUACUACUGCCCAGGAUCAGUGGUUCGUUCCAACGAGUACCCGUGCAUACCAGGGACGUAUAACAACGUUACUAUGUUGACCGACGUGUCACAGUGCCAGCCAUGUUUACCUGGUUAUUACUGCCAGAAUGCCGGACUUACGGAAUCGGAAGGAUUUUGUUACCCUGGAUACUAUUGUAAUGGAAGUACUAUCGAGCCAAAUCCAAGUUACGCAAUUUGUCCAAUCGGCAACUACUGUCCUGAAGGAAGUUAUGAGCCAACUCCUUGCCCAUCAGGUACCAUAGCAACAGGAACAGGAAAUUCCAACCUGACUGAUUGUGAGCCGUGUAAACCAGGAAAUUAUUGUACAGCUGUCAGCUCCCAAAAUGGUUUUAGUUUACCAUGUAACGCGGGCUACAUUUGUAAAACUGGAUCUGACGUCCCUAAUCCAACAGACGGAAACAUUGGUUAUAUCUGCCCAGCCGGAUAUUACUGCCUUGAAGGUGCCGUUCUUGAGACCGCCUGCCCGAGGGGUCAGUACCAGCCACAGACAGGUCAAGGUGAAUGCAAGUUCUGUGAAGCCGGAACAUCUUGUCCGGAUCUAGCAAUGAAUCAGACGUUACCGUGCCCUGCCGGUUAUUACUGUCUAAACGGAACUGUAGACAAUGGUGAACCUUGCCCAACAGGAACGUAUAAUCCAAGUGAGGCUGUAUCCGCGUCCGAUGAAUGUCUCCCAUGUGGACCAGGCGAAUAUUGCAACGUACCUGGACUGUCUGCACCAGCCGGAAACUGUAGUGCUGGUUAUUUGUGCCUCGGCAACGCAACUACGCCAACACCAGACGAUGGAGUUAAUGGACCAUGUCCAAUUGCUCAUUACUGCGAUGAAGGUACAACUGCUUCUGUUCCGUGCCCAUUGGGAACUAUGCGAAAUGAAACACAUGGGGCUGGUCGGGCAGACUGUUACCCUUGCGCGGGAGGCAAGUAUUGUAAUGCUCUGGCAUCCACCGGUCCGGCGGGCGUAUGUGACCCUGGAUAUUACUGUCCAUCAUCAGCCGAUAUUGACAAUCCGCAACCAACAUCUUAUUUAUGUCCCGCUGGAUUUUACUGUCUACAGGAAACUGCAGACCCCAUUGGAUGCGAUCCAGGAACAUACCAGCCAAAUCAAGGUGAAACGUCAUGUCUGCAGUGUACAAUAGGACAUUAUUGUCCACAAAAUACAAGCAUACCAGUUGAUUGUCCCGCGUACUCGUACUGUCCGGUUGGCUCGGCUACACCUCUGCUUUGUCCUAAUGGAACAUACACAACUGAUACAACUACAGGACUUGAAAAACCAGAAGAUUGUGCCGAUUGUGUUUCAGGUAGCUACUGUACUGGAGGUAAUAUCUCUGGCCCAUGCUCAGCAGGAUUUAUAUGUUAUGUCGGAAUGGGCGCCCCAGAUCCUGACGAUAGCUACAUGCCGAAUGGCGGACCAUGUCCAUAUGGUUACUACUGCACCGAAGGAAUCAUUACACCGGCAGUGUGUCCACCGAACUCUUUUAUCAGUAAAACUGGUGCAGUAUCUCAGGCUGAAUGUCAACCAUGUCCUGGUGGUAGUAUAUGUGUGGAAAAUUCAACGGUUGCGGAACCGUGCUGGGCGGGAUGGUAUUGUCGGGUUAAUGAGGAUCCAGAAAUGUGUCCGAACGGAACAUACAAUGAUAAGACCGGAAUGAGUGACUCAAGCGCAUGUUUGCCAUGUCCGGCUGGAUAUUUCUGUGAUAGUCUAGCUCUUGCAAAUUACACCGUCAACCCAUGUCCUCUUGGAUACUUCUGUCCUAAUGCAACAAUUGUUCCAGAAUCAUGUCCUAUAGGAACUUAUAGGGAUGUCGUUGCAGCGGAAAGUGAACUAGAUUGUUUCCCGUGUCCGGCAGGGUCAUAUUGUCCAGAUAUGAACAUGACAUAUUCUGGUAUCCCAUGCGUGGAUGGUACAUAUUGUCCAGAGGGGGCCGCUAUUAUCAGGGAAUGUAGAGCAGGCUACUAUUGUAACAACUCUGAGACUGAAAUUUCUUGUCCACCGGCUUACUAUUGCCCAGAAAACUCGACAGAGCCAACCAGUUGUCCCUCGGGCAGCUACUGCACGGGCAACUACUUUGACACAUGCAACUGUACAGAUGCAGGUGCUAUUGAGCCAACAAUGUGUCCACCCGGUUAUGGAGAGAUGAUCGGUGCCUUACAUACAACCUUCGAUGACACCUGUUCACCGUGUAUAGCCGGAACGUAUAGUAAUUCGGACGGAAGCGGUUGCACCCCCUGUCGAGCUGGAGUUGUCUGCCUUGACCGAGCCACUUCGGAUACUCCAGUGGCAAAUAAUAGUGACCUUGCAUAUAUAUUUGGACCUAAUGGAACGCGGUCAUAUCUUUGCCCAGUUGGGUACUACUGUCCAGAGAACUCGGGUCAAGCCACUCCAUGUCCGGCUGGUACAUACAACAAUCAGGAAGAAAAGAAAUCAGUGUCGGACUGUGUCGGAUGUGCCGUCGAUCAUUUCAAUCAUGUCACGGCUGCCGAAGCUUGUCUGACAUGUGGCGGGGAGGCGGAUCAACCCAAGACAGGACAGCCUACCUGUGAAUGUAAAGGAGGUGGAAAAGAUUUCCAGGAAAGUGACCGUCGUUGCGUCUGCUCUGCUGGAUAUAAAGAGAUAUACGGAUCCGAUGACUGCGAGAAAGAAGUCUUCCCAUUGUGUAAGAAAGGAAAAUGGCGUACACAAUCUGGCAGUUGUAUAACGCCUGCCCAGUUUGCAAGAGAGUGCGAAAAUAACGUCUGUGACGCUGGGGAAUAUGAAGGUUAUAUUGAGCAGAAAGGGGUGUGUUUAUGUACAGCAGAUGACCUUCGAGAAAUAUGUGACCUUGAAUGCAGGAUAGCUCAAAGGGACAUCUUAACAUUCGUUUGUGCGACUCCACCACUUGAGGCCUAUCUAGAAGUCAAAGAUGCAAAUGGAAAUAUUGUUAGUCAGUUUGUUGUGUCCAGUUUGUCCGCUAUCAUUAACUCUGUGAACGCUUUUACAUCUUCACAAUGUAACGUAUUUGAUGGCUCGUCAUCUCCAGUAUAUUUUACCGCCAUGGACGAAUCAUCUCAGGGAUUUGUUGGUGUAUAUAACCCGGACACAACGGCCAUUACAAACCUUCUAUUGGAUAACAUCAAAAAUAAUAUUACUGCAAAUGCGACGCAGGACAGUAACACAGACCAAUACACCCGCCGACGACUGCUGGCAACCGGAACGUUUAACGGAACUACUUUCAGCGGAAUAAAGAAUCCAAUAGUAUGUCUUGAAAAUGGUGCGCUCAUGUUGUGGGCAGUGAAUAACAACAAUUAUCCUAUUUAUGACAGGAAUAAUCUGUUCAACACCAAUUCUAAGUUUGACUAUGGUGGAUUUAGAGUCCUAGUUGAGGCACAAUCCCAGGUGUCAACAUCAACAACGCUGUUUUCAUACAAGUUUAACGAUCAUGGAACCUAUGUCUUCUACUCUAGUGCCAAUCAGUACAAGAAAAUGUAUAUAAGCGUGAUGCAGGUGGGAGCGAAGUGUGCAACGACUGGACCAUUCUUCCCAGUAACAACAUCCAACUUGGUUGCCAACAACAUUGGAUUUAACCAGGACAUCUUGCAGUCACCCGAUUGGCCGGUUAUUCUGGCACUUCUAGGAGCCGGUCUUAUCAUGAUCAUCCUGAUGAUAAUUGCUUUGCUGCUAUUCAAGAAAUAUGGCUGGAACAAGAACAUGUACCUGUUCCCAUUCUACCGUGAGAAAACAUCGAAAUAUGACUUUGACAACUAUGCUAGUAAAGGAUCAACCGUCUACCCAGUGCGAAAAUACCACAGGAAUAUGGGUGCCAUUCAGGAUGAUCAGAUGUUUCCACCAUUGCCUAUUGAACAAGGACCAAUGGGAGCUGUUGGCGAGAACACAGAGGAUGAUUUCUGGGAUUACAGCCGACAGGUGGACCUCGAGGGUUUCAGUUCAGGCCGAGUGUAUGACACGCUAGCUAGACAGUCUAGGAACAUCACACAAACUCUCGGAAAACAGAAGGAAGAGGUGAAACACAUGUUCCAGAAUGUUGCUGGGCAGACGGACUCAUUGAAAGGUAUGUGGACCGCCAAGAUGAACAUGAAAGGCAUUCCGCUCAUCGCCUCAGAGACCGAUCUUGAAGAAUACGAUAGUAAACUACACUUCCUGGAAGAGGAGCUGGAAAGGCGCAGGGAAGUAGGUCACAGAUUCGAGGCUAUUCUUAAACGUCAAGAAGAUCUGGCGGAAGAUGACGAGAAACACAGAGAGGCCCAUCAGGUAAGCUAUCAAGCAGCACUCCGAGAAGCCGUGCGAACACUUAAAGAUCACACGGAGAAGAUUCAACGCGGCCAGUUAGUUGACGCCUCGGGACAUUUCGACGGCGAAGCUCAUCAUGCAAUGGAAAUGAGAGUUGCUUCUCUGUCUGACAGAAUGGGUGGCGAUGUUUCAGAGGAAAGUGCUAGGCUUGGCUGCUGGGGUGUUCUCGGCGAAGGAACUGGAGCACAACUUCUUAAUGGCGGCAACCCAAUGACAAAACAGGAUCUGUUUGGUAAAUCCUCCAGCGUGGCGGAGACAGACAAGGCCACUGGUCUUCUUAAAGCUCGCACUGGUUCAAACAUGUUACUAGCAGACGGCAGCACCCAGCAGGUACCGGAACACAACUUCAUACACCCACAGACCGGUCAUGUCCUACCUAUACAAGGAAAUGUGGCUUUUGACCCGAUUAAGUCUCGCCUUGUCUUUGUGGUUGAUUCAGCUACAGGAGAAGCCCCACAUUCUGAUACACCAUACAUUCCAUUUGUACCAUACCCAACAAGAGAUGGCCGUCCAAUUAAAACUAAGCUCCGCCCAAUGCAGCAUGGCAGUGACCUUCGUUACGGAGCGCCCAUGUCAGAUCCUGAGACCAGCUUACAUGUGCCGAUACUAGCCGUUACAUUACACCCAGAAACACAGGCUGUUCUACCUGUUGGCGGAACCCAUAUCGAUAUAGUUACAGGAUUGCAAACACCCAUUGAAAUCGGCUCAUUGAUGGUUGACCCGAACUCCGGUUCACCCGUUCCAGUACUAUCAGUGACACUUGACCCGGAGUCAGGUGAAGUAGUACCAGUUGGCGGAAUCAAUCCUAACAACACACCUAUACUACCCGGAGAAACAUUUGUGGAACCACUCAGCCGUAAACACGUUCGCGUGCACGGUGGUCAUUUGACAGUGACACAUGUCGAGCCAUCUGCCGGUGGUUACCAAGCAUUAUUGAACUCAAACGUGCUGGCGUGUGAAGCAAGGGUUACUGAUGCUGUCAGGGUGUACUUGGAAGCUCUUGCUGCUUGCCGAGGCAGUGAUGUGAAUGUUCACCAGGAGGAAGCCAAUCUUGAUAAAGCCAUUAAGGAGCUCGAACACGCAAGGGAACUGAUGAAGGUACACCUCAUUCGUACACAACAGGAUAUCAAGAGAAGGCAAGAGAGAGCCAGUAUCCUAGCAACCACUGGCGGUUCUCCAGGAAUGUACGAGUUCAACAAAUCUGGACAAAUGCUGCCAAUAUUGGUUGGCACAACAAUGCCAGACAGGGCCGGUUCCGGGAUGGAGGUACCUAUUCUUGGAGCUGAGAGACACGCACAGUCAGGCAAGACAAUACCACUUGGUGGAACGAUGGAAGAUCCAGAAGGAGCUGGUCUUGUGCCUAUCAACAUCGGAAAGAAAGCAAUUGAUGCCAUAUCUGGUGAACUCAGUCCCGUUAUUGGUGUAAGACUGAAUCCUGAGAAUGAUACCGUUGUGCCUAUAACCUUGUCUUCUGGCGGUCAUCGUAAACCCACGGCCCCUGCAGGUGCUCUUGCGAUGUUGGAGGAAGAGAUUGUGACACGACGCAAUUACUGGAAGUCGCAACGCAAGAGGGAAGAAGAGCUUACAAGAGGCGAACACAAACUGGCUGUCAUGUUGCUUCAGGACGUAGACAGUGUAACAGUCAAGUCAGUUUCUAAGGCGUUGGAAGAUAUUGAUAUGGGAGCUAACCAGCUACAAGAGUCGAGCAAAGCAGAAGUGCAGAGACGUGGUGCCGCCCAUCAUGAAUACAGUAAUAGUUUGCCUCCAGAGGUCAUUGCAGUGCUGGAGGAUUGCGAUGCGAAAGAAUGUGAGAUGGAAGAAGCCCAUGUUGCAACACACGUCAAAUUUGCAGAUGCUGUUAGAAAGUUCUUCUCUAAACUUCAGCAAGAAGAGAAGAAGUUCAAGGAGAAGAUGGAUCAGAUUCAAGGUUCUGGUAAUGCUGAUGCAGAAAACACUCAAGUACAGCGCUACCGUCAAUCCAAAAACCGUCUCCUCGCAGAGCUUAAAGGCCAUAUUGUUACACAUGUAGAACAUUUAGAUCAUGCACACUCUGGGGUAGAAUAUGCGAGACAGAGGUCAGAAUUGUGUUGCCAGGAAGCAAAGGUUGUCCUUAACCAUAGUGCAUUGCUCGCCGGAGAUUACGAUUGUCAACUUAGCGGUGUUUAUGGUGACGCUACUAGUGCCGAGAAUGAAAAGGAAUCUGAAUUAGUUCCUUUGAUCAAACAAUUAAUUGCAAUGCUUGAAUCAGGAGGUCCAUUCUAUUUGUCAACAGAAUUAUUGGAGAUGAUCAAGAACGCUGCUGGCGGCGGGAAUGUUCAUAAUGUCAAUAAUUACAAUAUUGAAAAUCAAGGCGGACAAUCUAAGUUCUCAUCUGAUUCAACAACAGGAGGUUCAAGUGAUAAAGACAAGAAACGUGAAAAGGAUACUGCUGGUAAGGAUUCAAAGAAAGGAAAGGCCACUCUUGUAAAAGCAUCGAAAGAAAAGAAGGACAAGAAAGACAAUAAAACAAAAGGUGAUAAAGCAGCAACAGUUCCUGAUCCAGGUGAAGCGUGGAAGGACUUGUUAAGAAAAUUGUUUGAAAAACAAGCUUACGAAGCUGCUAAACUUGAAAAUGAUCUGAAAUCAGAUGAAAUGACUUCGAUGCAAGACACACUGGAGGAAUUUGAAAAGAAGAAACGGAAUAUGAUGUAUGAAGCCAAGGAAGAUCUUAGACAGAAACUUGAAAAGGUUCAAAGCGAGAAAGAACGAGACAGAAUCAUGUCAGAUUAUGCUAUGAACCUGCAAAAGGUGAACGAUGCUUUCGACAAACAGAAACAACUGCAGCUAGAAGGUCUGAGAAAGAAACUGUUGGAGAAUAGACGAAAUAGACGAAAGGAGUUGUACCGCAAACACUGUGCUGAGGCCGAGUCACAAGGGGUUGGUAUAGAAUCUGUACCUGAUGUUCAGAUGCCAAGCUAUGACGAGCUUAUGAGAGACUUGCUGAGAUUACAGGAAAGUCAGGAGAGAUCUUUAGCUGAAAUCCAGAUUGAAGGUGAAAGAGCUAGAGAUGAAGUCCAGGUACCCGAGAUCGACCGUGAAUUUGAGAAAAAGAUCAACGCGCUAGAUGUUGAAGAUGAAAUUAAAAAGGAGAUGAUCCGCCAAGCUCGGGAACGUAACCUUGCUCUACAAGAUCAAAUCGAGAGAAUGAAGGAUGCGUUACGUCGAAGAAAAGACAGAAAGAAACCAGCUAAAUUGAUGGAAGAAGAAAGAAAUGGCAUGUCGGCAGAAGAGCAGCAGAGAUUACUCGAAGCGAGAGAAAUUCAGAGUGAGGCUGAUCGUGAACGUGAGGAUAAAGCGUUAUUGGAGGCGAGAAAGCUCCUUGAAAAGGAACUACAACGGUUGGCACAAGAACAAGCCCUUCGUGAUGCGUUACGUAAUAAGAGCGAUGAAGAAAAAGACAAAAUACUCGCCCAAUACCAAGCAGAGAUGGACAAACUAAUGAGCCGACAGGACGAAACAAGACAAGCUCAGAAAGACAAGAUAGUCGGUAAACUGGCUGCUAGAAAACGUGUCCGAGAAGAAUUAGAGAAAGAACAAGCGGUUGCUAGGGAGCUUGAUAGAAUUACAAAGAGACAUGUUGCCCAGGGUGACAGUGAUGCAGCAGACGUCAUUAUGGACAUAAACGAGAAGGUAAAUGGUGAAGAAUUAACGCCCGAGCAGCAGAAACUUCUCGAGAAGCAGACGCAGGAAGCUGAAGCAUUAGAAGGGAGACAACUUGACGAGCAAAGAGAGAUGAAUCAACAUCUUAAUGAAGAAAUGGCCACUGAAGAAAUGGCGAUCGAGACCCAGAUUCAACAACAGAAGAGAUUGGCUGUAGCAGAGCAGAAGAAUAAAUUUGAUCGUGACAUGUUGUUGAACCGACAGAACAUGUCAGAGGACGAGUACAAGCGUCUGCUCGCAGAACAUCAACGUGAAAUGGAAGCUUUAACUGCUAAUCUUGAUCAGGAGAAGGAUAGGCAGAAGAGGUCAAUUAAAGACAGGAUUCUUGAAAGACGUAAGAAACGUGAUGCUCAGCUCGAGGAGAAACAUCGUCUCGAAAUGGAGGAGGAAAUGACACGUCAACAACAAGAACGUGACAAACUUAAUGAUGAAAUUGCACGAAAGGUGGAAAAUAAUGAGCUGAAAAAGAAUGUGCAGGGUAUAAAUGGGGAGAAGGCCGAGAAUCUGAUCUACACGGUAUUACGACAACGCCAUCUCAAGGAGGCUAUACAUUUAGAAGAUCAACUUGCCCGGGAGAUGGCCGCAGCGAAGAGACGCGCAAAGGCUGAGGUAGAACAGAGCCGUCAAAAAGAGCGGGAAAUGUUGUUACAGGCAUUUGAACAGGAAAUGAUGGACCUUGUAGCAAACUCUAAGGGAAUGAGUGAUGAGGAACUGGCUGCUAGAAAACAAGAUCUGAAGAGAGAGCAAAAGAAACAGAGACGUGACUUUGACAAGUUAACGCAACAACUUGUGGAGCAGGCCGAAAAAGAUAUAACGCCAAAAAUGGAGACGACCCAGACGCACCAGCGACUUGAACUGAAAGAAAAACAACUACAAGAGCUCUCGGACGCCAUGCAAACGUACAAUCCUAAGGACGAGAUAAAGAAGAAGUAUGCCGAGGAGGCCAGACUCGCCGCGUUGGAGGCGCAGAAAUUCAGGGACGAGGUGUUACGUAGAAUGCAGGAAGAGUUUGAUAGGAGGAAACGCGAGGAGGAGGAGCGAGAAGCUGAAAAGAAAAGAAAAAUGGAGGAGCAUUAUAAGAGAUUACAACAAGAGUUGGAGGAUGAACAGCGACUGGAAGAACAGAGAUUGAGAGAACGUGAAGAAGAGAAGAACAGAUUAAGACAGAAACAACUUGAAGAGAGAAAGAAGAAUGAAGAAGAAGAAAUAAGGAAGUCCAACUUGAGUGAGAGUGAGAAAGAGAAGUUGUUGAGAGAGCAUGAGGAGAACAUGAGAAAACUGAUGGACAAUUUCCAGGAGGAUCAACUCAGGUCCAAAUCGGCAUUAGCGGCAAAACUCGAGGCAAGAAAGAAGAAACGCCAUGGUGCUGAAUAUGCCAAACUUUCCAAACAAAUGCUAAUGGAAGAGAACGCAUUGCAGAGAAAGAACCUUGAAAACAAACAGCAGGAGAAUCAAUUAAUGGGAGCUAACUCCACAAAGACCGAUACUUCCGAUGUAUUAAUUGGCAACUUGCCAACAGGUGCAACAAGACCAGACAGCAGGCAACCAUCGUCAGGAUCUGGUUCAUCUGGUGGUCUCGGUGUGAAGUUGACCGGAAAUCAGGAACAAGACUGGGUCAAUAUGUUAAUGGCGUCACCUUUGUUCAAGCAGAUCAACGAUCUCGAGAAUAUGCUUGAAAAGUCAGACGCCUCUGACGAAAUGCUCAGACCUCAUGUCAAAGGUGCCGACUACAGUCGACCAUACAUUGAUGUCAAGGACGCCCAAUGGACGUGUAAAGGUGACCUUGUUCCGGUUGAUAUUACCCAGAUCUCCUCUAGUCAAUUUGUCGUUUACCGGUUUGGUGUAUUUGUGAUUAAAUUACUGCAUCAACAAAUAGGAACUCCCGAGGUUACCCUACUGUUAGCUUCCAACCUACCUCCCAACAACUACGAUCAUAAUGCAUUUAGAAAUUCUGUGUUUUAUGAACAUGCUAGGAAUAUAUUGUUUGUGCGUAAAGAGAGAAUUGACUCUAUUGGUGAAUUUGUUGUGCUUAUCUUACAUUCAAUGUCCCACAUCAAAUGUGGACAGAUGACGGACGAUGGAAACGCUCAGUUCUUGCGGCAGUUUUACAAGUGCCUCAAGGUCGUCUGCCAGGACAUGUUCUUCUCAAGGUCACAAGGUACAGCCACAGCACAGUCAUUGAUGGGUCAGCCAGCAACUACUAGUAGACCUGCCCUGGAACAAGCACUUGCUCCUCUUGCCAAGAAAACAGAUGAGAAAGAGAAUGUGAUUGGUGAAUUGGUAGAGAUGAAGAUAGAUGGACCAACCAGAGAAGAGUUCUCACCACAGCGCUUGAACCAGAGAAUUUAUGGUUAUGAAAAUAGAUCCGGCACUUCACGUUUACGGCAAUACUUGGCUUCCAAGGGUGGCUACCUAGCAACAUCAGAUUACCUGGCCAAUCGUAUGGCAGAAUUGAGAGGCACAGGUCCAGUUAGUGUAUCACGUCCUAGUCAACACAGGAGGCCACCUCCCCCAAUUUCAACUCAAAGGGACGUUGUUGACUCACAAUUAGUAGAUCUCCAAACCAAAAAUGACGCUUUGAACGAAGAGUUAUCAGAUAUUCUAAAAAUGGAGGCUGGAUUACGCGAGGGUAUCAGACAAAUGGACAAAGAUCCUGCACAAAGAGAGAACGUGUUGAGUGCACAAGAACAAUUAGAAACAACAUUGUUACGGAAGAACGACUUUUUGAAGAGAAUUUCCUCAAUGGAGGCAGACAUUUUGAAAAAAGAAAAGGAGCUUAGAUCAAGGAAAAAAUAAAAAUUUAAUCAUGUGAUUUAAAAGAAAACAAUAACAACAACAAUAAAUAAACAGUUAAAAAUAACUAUCAAAUAAGAGUUGUUUCUGAAUAAAUUCAUGUAGCAAAAAAUAUUUGUUCAAAUAAUGAAAGAAAAGUUGUUAAGUAAUGGGGCAGAAAUAUAUUGAUUUUCAGAUUUUAUUUUAACUGAACAUUAUAGAAUUUUCACGAUUUUAUUUUAAAUGAAAAUUAUAAGAAUAGAAAGUUUGCUACAGAACACUUUACUGAGCCCCUAUGUUAUAGUGGUUCAAAUGAAGUCCAAGGCGAAAAAAAACAACAAACUGAAUUGACAUAAAAAAAAAUGCCCCUGUGACCUUGGACAACCAAUUCUGGCGGGGUGAAGCCUCAAGGGCAUUGAUGACCCAAGGAUGCAUCUAGAAACUUUUGAGUAUAGAUAUAAUUCUCCCUUUAAUUAAUGACAAAACAGUUUUUUGACAACAUUUUUUAUUAUAAAAUUUUGUAAAUGAAAUGAUGAGUGGAGGAAAUAAGUGAAAUAAUGAGAGAGAAAAAAAAUGAAAAUAAGGAUCCAGUAAUUUGAUACGACAAGUGUGGGAAAUUUCUAAGCGGCUACUGAACUGUGAUACAUUAUUAUGUGAAUUAUUUAUACCAUACAUCCUUCUGUGUUACGAUUAUUGUGUUACAAAUGUUAUUAUUGACGAGAAAAAAACAGAACAGUUCAUUAUUGUUAUUGUGUGUUACUGCUGAACUAUGUUGUUAGGCUGCAUUUUGUACAUUCUUGUAUCAAAUUACUAUUAUUUUGGAUAUUUAAUUUAUAGAUGCAUUCAAUCAGCAUACAAUUUUGAUACAUUUCUUCUUUAAUGCAUGAAAAUUAUAAAAUCAUUAUUUAAUGAACACAUUAAAUUUUUUAGUACAAGUGUACUUAAAUGAAUUUGAGGCUUUACCCCUUUUUUAUACAAAUUGUUUUGGACAUAUCAAAUAUUGUUUAUAUAUUUUUUUUUAUAUUUCUUUGGCAUUUUAUUUUUGGCAUAUAUUUAAUGUAAUUGAUUUGAUUUUUUAUAAGGCAACAUUCAAGUAUUAAAAAAUAUAAUUGUGAUAGUUUAAAAAUAUCAAGUUAAACAAUUAAAAAUCAAUGGGCAAAAUGUAUAUAGAAAUCAUGCAUUACAAACUCCAUUAACAAAUUGUUCUUUUCUGUGUCACUUUUACAAUAAUUUUUCUGUUCUUUUUUAUCGUAUUUGCCAUAUUUUGAAAUGUCUGCUCAUUGUAAUUUAUUGAUAUACAUGUACAUUCUGUCCUAUUUGAUACAUUACUUUACAUUGUAUUUUGUCUUAUGUCAUACAUUAGUGUACAUUCCGUCCAAUGUCAUACAUUAGUGUGCAUUCUGUCCAAUGACAUGUAAUUGUUCAUGCUUUUGUUAAUCUUCAAUACAGCUUUACAUUCCUAUUGUUCCAUUUAUGUAUGUUUAAACGUAUGAAAAUGUCCUCCUCCAGUCUAGUAUAUUACUGCACACACACACAUGCACACAUCCGCUUUCCAUCCAAAUUCUUCAAUAUAUACUAGAACAUAAAGUAAUAUGUGUACAUUACAUGUAUGUAGCUUCAUUACCAAUUUACAUUCCGUCCAAUUACUGAAUAUGAUAUGAAAGAACCUCACUUUUAUCUUCUUCUUUAUAAAUAAGAGGUGUUAAAUCCAAUGAAAUUCAUGGUUUAAUAUACAUUCCAUCGAAACCAAUAAAUUUAUAUUUAUGUCACCAUGUAGUGGUAAAAUCAAAUAAAUUUCAUGGAGUCAUAUGUAUUAAGUUAAAACUUGUUAAUUAAUAAACAUGUAGUUGUUAAAGGGGUUAAUUUUAAGUCAUUUUGUCAUGAUUAAUUUUUUAAAAUUUCUGUACCAACUUCACAAUUGUAUUGGAAAUGAAAAAAUAAUGUAUCAGUGUAUCUAUAUAUGAUAAUAUUAACAUGAUAACUGUUGCAAUUGUUAGCAUUUGUUUAUUUAUCAAUUUCUGCACUUUAGCAUUUGUUUAUUAAUCAAUUUCUGCAAUUUUUGUGCGUUGUGAGUUAUUGCAUUUAAUUUGUUUAUAAUAGAUAGUCUAUUUAGACAACUUUUGUAAACUUAAAAUGAUUUAGUCAAGUUAAUCAAAUUCAUGUAUAAAUAAACGAUUUUGUGCAAAAUAUAUAAUUUUUUAGAAGGGUUUUGCUUGCAAUAAUAACAUUUAUUUAUAAAUCAAAAGUUACUGCAUUUUUUUUUUCGAAUCAAAAUUUGCUUUAAAUCAAACAUGUCUUUCAGUCAUUCUUUGUUUUAUUUUUCAUAAUUGUACAUGUUGCCAUGGUAACACUCUUCGUUCUUUGUAUUCCUUUUUAUUUGAAAAUGCACAAUUUUUAUGAAAUUUUGCCUUUUGAUAUGAAAUAUAUACUUCAAAUGAAGGUAUGAAUUGAAUUAUUUCCUUUAAAUUAAAAAUAAAAAUGCUGUUUUUUUUUUCUUUUAUAGAAAGUUAUUUUAACAUAGUAUAGCCAGUUAUAGAAAUAUUUAUUAUUAUCAUGUAGAUAAAGGAAUAUAAAGAUAAAAAAAAUCUUUAAUAAUUUAUGAUUUUUUAAUACUGUAUGAAAUCUUUUAAACUGUAAGAAAUCGUAAAACGUAAAAAAAAUCCUAUGUAAAAAAAUCAUAUUAGAAAAUCUCAAAUGAUACUGCACUGGUUUCAAGUAUCCAUUGUUUAAACACCAGAUAACCAAGCAAAUUGUUAGGUUUUUAUGGCAAUUAUCUAUGCAUAAUAACUUAUUUAUUAUCCACCUGGACUUUAACUUGUCUCUUCUCAUGAUUAUAUUAUGUGCUUUGUAUAGUUUAGUUCAAUUUCACAACUCAUAUUUUCUACAUUUUUGCCCAUUGUUUUUAUGAAGAUGAAUAAUAUAUUUUAUGUACUUGAUUGUAAGAGCAAUAAGUUUAUAUUAUAUUGAAAUUUUAAUUUAUUUUUCUGUUAAUAAAACAUUCAAAAUUC